AUGGCUAAUAUCCAAUAUCAGCCUUCUCUUGAUCUUACUGAGUUCCCACUUGAGAAGAUCCAUGACCCACGUGAUGAGAAAGUCACUCGUACACAGCUUCUUUCUCGCCAUGCAACAGUAAAUUUCUUAAUCACAAGCAUUUACCGCAAGCUUUUCAACAGACUCUUGAGAAUCGAGCACUCCCUUGGUGAUGGCUUCUACUUCAUGGAUAACUCCGGAGUACCAAUCACAGAAGAACAAAUUGCUCAACUCGAAAAGGAGCUUCACGCAAUUUUCCAGUCAGAAACACCAAUUGAGCUCACAACACUUCCACGUGAGGAAGUUAUCAAAUACUUCUCUCAACAAGGACUUCAAGAUAAGUUAGGAGUUCUCAAGGCAUGGCAGGAUGCUAAUAUUCCAGUCAUUAAAUGCGGAGAAUUCAUGGAUUACGUUAUCGAGCCAGUCUCUACAGAAAAGUCCGUCUUAGAUGUUUUCGAAAUUCGUUUAUACAACAAUGGCCUUCUUCUCAGACUCCCAACAAUGCUCAACCCAACAGGCAUCAAGGAAUGGAAGGACCCAACAGUCUUGCAUGAGAUGUUCAAUGAAUACGGCGAAUGGGCAAAACUUUUGAACGUAGAAAACGUUUCCAAGCUUAACCAAGCCAUCUUCAACGGUGCUAUCAAGGAUAUCAAGCUCGUUGCCGAAGGUCUCCAUGAGAGAAAACUCGCUAUGCUCGCUGAAAAAUUAUGUUCUAAUUUUGAUAAGAAGAGAGUCAUUACAAUCGCUGGUCCUUCAUCUUCCAACAAGACAACAUUCGCAAAGCGCCUCGAUGUACAGCUCAAAGUCGCUGGUUACUCUUCAACCAUCAUCGAAAUGGACGAUUACUUCCAGGAUGGCGAUAAGAUCCCAUACGGUCCAGAUGGCCUUCAGGAUCUCGAGCACAUCUCCGCGAUGAACGUUGAGCUUCUUGCUGAGCGCGUUCACAAAUUAUUGGCUGGCGAGCCAGUUCCAGUCCGUAAGUACAACUUCAAGCGUAGCCGUGGUGAAGAUGAUCCAAAGAAGCGUAUCAUUCUUGAACCAGGAGCUUUCUUGAUCCUCGAAGGUAUCCAUGGUCUUAAUCCAGAACUUCUUCAGCAUAUCGGUACAACAUCUGUUACACCAAUUUACGUUAGCGCACUUACACCAGUUAACAUCGAUUACAACCACAGAUAUCCAACAUCAGAUCUCAGAUUGAUCCGUAGAAUCAUCAGAGAUAACCAAUUCAGAGGUUGCAGUGCAAGAAAGACCCUCAGAAGAUGGACAUCCGUCAGAGUUGGUGAAGAAAGAAACAUUUUCCCUUAUCAAGGAAACGCUGAACUCUUCUUCAACUCAUCCCUCGUUUACGAACUCCCUGUUCUCUCUGUCUACGCUCGCGUUCUUCUCUCCGAAGCAACAAUGCCAGCUGAAGAUGAAGAUCCAAACACAGAAGAGGCAAAGGACAUCACGGCUGAGGCAAGGAGACUUCUCAGUCUCAUCAACCUCUGCUACCCGCUCUCUCCUGAGAUCGUGCCACGUAACUCAUGCAUCCGUGAGUUCAUCGGCGGAUCAGAGCUGAAGGACUAA